AUGCAAUCCGCUCCAGUGAUCAUCGUGAGUGAAGGCUUUGCCUCUAAGACGUGGUAUGGUCGCAAGAAGACUUGCAACUACCACCGCCAUUUCUACGCGGCGGAUGAGCAAUGUUCAUCCCGGCUACAAGCAACUGAAGGAGACUCAGAAACAGUGGGCGGUAAGACAUGCACGUUGCGAUUGAAAAAGAAAUCCUCUUCUAACAACCACGUUAUUGAGCAGUAUGGCGAUGGAAUUCCCAUCCACAUCAAGGGUGGCACUAAGGAUAAGUUCCUGUAUUUGAGCACUCUCGGCUUGACUGGUAUUGGGCUCGUCAUGGUCGGACAGAUUUUCUACAAUUUGGUCUUCCCCUCCAAGAGAGCCUGA